AUGAAUAAAGCAUUCAUCAAUAGUAUAAUUAAUAAAAUAACUCGCGCCGCUGCCAGAGCCCUAUUAACAAACAAAGUCAAAUGCGAUGCACAAAUUUCGGAGAGCCAGUUUGGGUUCAGAUCUGGAGUAGGAACCAGAGAAGCCUUGUUCUCGUUGAAUAUGCUCGUUCAAAAAUGUAGAGACUUACAGACAGACGUCAAUAUAUUUUUUGUUGAUUACGAAAAGGCCUUUGACAGUGUUAAACACGAUGUACUUAAGCGUCAUCUGAAAGAAGAAAGAUGUGAGGAUAAUACAAAUCCUCUACUAGAACGAAACCAGCACGAAGCAAUUAUCACUGAAGCACUGGAAGGCAAAAGGUUGGGUAUCAAGAUCAAUGGGCAAAUAAUGAUGAUACCACUCUUAGGCUACACGGGCGGUUCUCCCGCCGCGGAAAACCGCUUCUGA